GAGAGAGACCGAGAGAGAGAAGGUUAAGAAGCCCCCUCUGAAAACAGCCGACUCUUGAUCUCCAAGGAUGGAUGCUCAGGGUUCAUUCCUCACCGUGGUCUCCUUGGUGUUUUUUCUCGGGUUCCAGCAUCCGGCGGCUCACCCCAUCCAUAGCCUCAGCUCGGCCGAGGAGCUAGCAAACAUGGAGGCUCUCCUGGAGAGGUUGGAGGAGAAAGUGGCUUUGAUGGAGGACUUGCAAGGCAACCCUGACGACGUUGAAGCUCGGGGAGACCGCCAGGCCGAAGAGGACCUGAACGAUGAGCCCCUGGCCGACGAUUUCCCCAUCUUCUCUGACCGAACGGCUCUGCUGAAGCACAUGAGGGGGAUCCAAGCUGCCAAAAGCAUGAGAGAAUCGGGCUGCUUCGGCCGACGGUUGGACCGGAUCGGAUCCGUCAGUGGGAUGGGUUGCAAAGGAUCCAGAAGACACUAAAAAAGCCGCUCCUUUUCCAUGGCGUGUGAAUUUCCGAAGAUUUUUUCCAACCUGUGGGCGCUAGGAGAGAGAACGAGAGCGAGCGCUCCCCCUAUUUAUUUAUUUAUUAACUUAUUUAUUACCUGCCUUCGUUUGCUUCUUUUCCCCGCCCUCCUUCCUUUUUCAAAAAAAAAGAAAAAAAAUUGUUUUCUUAUUUUCAGCACAGAGAAUUUAGCCUGAAACUAUCAUUAAAACUAUGAUUAUCUUA